AUGGAAAUAAACUUUGAAAUUUUGAAAAGGGAGAUCAGGGAACUGGAAAUGUACAUCUCAGCAAUGAGGGUCAAACCCAAUGGAAACAGUGUUCAAGUACAAAACCUUUAUAAUGAGGUCAAGAAUAUGUCUAAGACUGUUGGACAACUAGAAACUCUUGACAAGAACAAUGUUCUAAAAGCCAAGAGAGAAAUGGAGAAUUUGAAGAAACGUCUUGUGGACUGUGAAAAGAAUCUCAAACCAAAAGCUCCAGUCAUGGUGCCCUUUGGUAAGUUAGGAUCUUGUCAGCACCAAGGUUUAGCCCGUAUCAGUAAACCUAACCUUCUGCAACUCAACUGGAAGGGAAAUGCAUACAAGUCAGGAGCGUGGGGCAAAGAUGCAGCAUGGAACACCACCAAGAAGUCACUGUACUGGGUGGCUCCUCUAAAUACUGAUGGUCGAGUUCUUGAGUCCAUACGCAUUUAUCCAUCCAUGUCUGACCUGCAGAUGCUCAUAAAAAAUAAAUGGAACCAUACCUUCGCUGGCCAAGGAGCUGGAAUGGUUGUACACAACAACAACUUGUACUACAACUGCUUCAACAGCCAUGAUAUGUGCAGAGUUAGUUUGACCAGUGGAGUCUACCAAAAAAAGUCUCUUCCUAAUGCAUUGUUCAACAACCACUUCUCUUAUGCUGGCACUAUGUACCAAGACAUUGACUUUGCUUCAGAUGAGAAAGGUCUCUGGGUUCUAUUUACCACUGAGGAAAGCGCUGGCAAAAUUUUGGUGGGUAAGGUCAAUGUUGCCACUUUCACAGUUGAUAAUAUCUGGAUUACCACACAGAGCAAACCUGAUGCAAGCAAUGCUUUCAUGAUGUGUGGAGUCCUCUAUGUCACUCGUUCACUCGGUCCGAAAUUGGAAGAAGUCUUCUACAUGUUUGACACCAAAACAGGAAAAGAGGGUCAUCUAAGUAUCGUGAUGGAAAAGAUGGCUGAGAAAGUGCAAAGUCUUAGUUACAAUUGCAAUGAACGCAAGCUUUACAUGUAUAGUGAAGGUUACCUGCUACAUUAUGAUAUUGCUUUGAAGCCUUGA